AUGGUGAGGUUGUCCAAUAGUNAUUCUGGAAGUCUCUUGGAGGGAUUUACGAGGACUCAAGUUAGUACUCUUGCUGUAAAAGAUAAGUUGCUAGUUGCUGGAGGAUUCCAGGGUGAACUUAUUUGCAAGCAUCUUGAUCGGCCUGGAGUCAGCUUUUGUUCAAGGACAACUAAUGCAAUAACAAAUGCUGUUGAGAUUUAUGAUAGUCCUAGCGGGGCAGUUCACUUUACAGCCUCUAAUAAUGACUGUGGAGUCAGAGACUUUGACGUGGAGAAAUUUCAGCUUACUAAGCAUUUCCGUUAUCCUUGGCCUGUGAAUCAUACUUCUCUGAGUCCUGAUGGUAAACUUCUUGUGAUUGUUGGAGACAAUCCGGAAGGGAUGUUGGUAAACUCUCAAACUGGAAAGACGGUGAUGUCUUUAAGUGGGCACUUGGAUUUCUCCUUCGCAUCAGCAUGGCAUCCUGAUGGUAUGACCUUUGCUACUGGGAACCAGGACAAAACCUGCCGGAUUUGGGAUGUUCGAAACCUUUCCAAGUCAGUUGCUGUUUUGAAGGGGAACCUUGGAGCUAUUCGGUCAAUCCGGUAUACUUCCGAUGGUCAGUAUAUGAUGAUGGCAGAGCCAGCGGAUUUUGUGCAUGUCUAUGAUGUGAAAAGUGGGUAUGAAAAGGAACAGGAGAUUGAUUUCUUUGGUGAGAUAUCUGGCAUAUCAUUCAGUCCGGACACAGAGUCGCUUUUUAUUGGAGUGUGGGAUCGUACAUACGGUAGUCUUCUUGAGUAUGGCCGAAGCCGGAACUACUCUUACCCUGGUGUUAAGAAGUAAUUUGGUUACCCUGGUUAUGUUGUCGGAUGUGGCAAGUUUUGUAAUUUUAUAUAAGGUCAUUUUUGUUGGAUGUGGCAAAGUUUGUAUGCAUACAAGUGCGAUUUUUGCAUAGUCCCAAAUACCAAGUGUUACACGAUUCAUGAUAUUGAAUUUCCAUGCAUGGUAACUCAGCGA